AUGUCUGACAAAGGUGUAAUUCGAUUGUCUGCCCUCCCGACUCGGAAGAACCGAGUUGCUUAUUGUCGUCCUGCUCCCGCUAAUUUCUUCGUCGGCGUCGUCCUCAACUUCUUUAACAUUUUCAUCUUUUGUGAGCAGAAGAACACCGCCGCCAAGUAUCUGACGGCACUCUCGUGCAGUGACGUAGGAGUAUGUAUGGCAGGGAUCUUCGUCAUUUGCUCCGACUCUUUCCGAGCGCACUCAUUUGUCAUCGACCAAGUCUUUGUGUUUUUACUCCCGAAAAUCAUCCCACUGGGCCUCUUUUUUCAGAUGCUCAGUGUCUACAUCACCGUACUCGCUGCUUUUGAUUGUUUCUACUCGGUUUAUUGGUAUGGACAUAUUCGGAAUUUUUAUGUUUCAAAAAUUGUAUUUUGUAGUGGCACAAAAUGUGAACCAAAACGGAGUACAUGGGCUCCACGAGUUCUAGCUCUGGUAGUCAUUUCUGUGGCUGGAUACAACAUUGUGCAGUUUGGAGACCUUCAGCUUUGUCCAACGGAGAUGAGAGUCAGUGAAACUUAUGUGAUUUUGUAUAAAGGUUACUUGUAUGCACUUUCCAUGGCAUUCCUUCCGUUCGUUCUUUUGACCUUCUUGACUGUAUCGAUUAUUGUGAUGCUUCGCAAGAAAAACGAUUCCAUGGAUAAGGUUGAAAAACAAGGUUGCGAAGAUGACGGAGGCAAUAAUCCAGUUGUCCUCCUCUUAGUCGUUCUUUUGUUUCUCUGCUGCAAUUUGACAUCACUUCUGGUCAAUGUCUUUGAAAUGCUCAAAAUAAAACUGUCAUUCGAAGUAGAAGCUGUACUUAUUGAUAUUGGAAACUUCCUGGUGGUGAUUAAUGCAACUGCAAACUUUUUCGUGUAUAUGGGCUCUUCUGAAGAGUUCCGAGUAGCAUUUUAUGAGAGAAUUCGCAAGUUAUGGAGGCCGAAAUCUACACGUCUUCCACUUCUUCAUGACCACAGAAUCCGACUGUUUAAUAGGAAUCCGGUGGCGAGUAGUAUUUGA